GGGAAACCGAGAGAUGGCGACAAGUCAACAGAUUGAUUUCCACCGCUGGUUAAAUCCAUGAAGAAGAACAGCCGGGUCUGGUCUGGACAUAGUCUGUUCGGAACCUUUGGAUACACACGAUACGCACUGUGUCUGUUGCUGUGCUGUGGUUGAACACCAUGUCGUCCAGUGAGCGCGCAGACCUGGGCCGGGCGCUCUGCGUCAUCACCGGGGCUUCUAGAGGCUUUGGUCGGACUACAGCGAUAGAGAUGUCUCGGUUGGUGAAACCGGGCUCGGUACUCGUCCUGGUGGCCCGCUCCGCUGACGACCUGCGGUCUCUGCAGGCGGAGCUGGCCGAGUCUGAGGCAGGCAAAGCGGGCCUGCUGGUUAAGUGUGUGGUGGCAGAUCUGGCUCAGAUGGAAGGACCGGAGAGCGUCGUCAGUGCAUCUAAAGAAGUCUUCUCUGAGGAUCUAGAUCACAUUAUACUGGUUAACAACGCCGCCUCUCUGGGAGACGUGUCCCGCUUCGCCAAAAGCUUUACCAACAUGGCCGAGGUGGACUCUUACUUGUCCUUCAACGUCAGCUCCUCCCUGUGCCUCACCGCCAGCAUCCUGCAGGCUUUCCCACAGCGUCCAGGUCUGCGGCGGACUGUGAUCAAUGUCACCUCGCUGUGCGCCCUGAAGCCGUUCUGCUCCUGGGUGCUGUACUGCACCGGUAAGGCUGCUCGAGAGAUGAUGUUCAGGGUUCUGGCAGAAGAGGAGCCGGACCUACGGGUGCUCAACUACUCUCCAGGGCCUCUGGACACAGACAUGCAGUUGGUGGCCAGAUCCAGAACAGGUGAUCCCAGCCUCAGGAAGACUUUUUCAGACAUGUUUGCUGAGGGUCGGCUGCUCACCUGUGAGGCGUCCUGUGUCAAGCUGAUGAAGCUGCUGCUGGAAGACACAUACACAUCAGGAGCUCAUGUCGACGUCUUCGACCUCUAGACAGCAUGAGUUCUCACAGCCAGGUAGCAUUGGGCCAGAUUGUUCAGAUGUGCCUUGAUUUUAACUGAAACUAAUUUAUACCUUUUUAAUGAUUUCUGUUAAUGACUGCAAAUGGAAAAGUUAAUUGUUACCUCAGAUUGCCCUGUCAGUCUUAAAGUCCCCAUGACACAGUAAGCAGAGGGCUGUGUACUUUAUCAUUUUUAUGUUUCCUGCAAAAAUGCUCAAAUAGGAGGGAGGAAUAUUGUUUGCCGUUUAUAGUAGCCAGUAGUGAGUGUGCACUACACCACCAAUGCUAUUCAUUGCAGCUGGUGCUUUGAGCUAGUGUUAGCAUCUACCUUCCAGUAAACCUAGCCGACCCCAGGGCCAAACACAACCUCCAAAAGUGGCCACUGAUAGUAACAUACUGAGGUGGUUUUCUUGCUGGGUUUAGCUCCCAAGGUUGAGUCAGUCCAGUAAUCUAACCAUCAGGAAAGCCUGUAAAUCACCUCAGUAGUGUAACGUUAUCCCCUGUUGCUUUUGAGCCAGAUCCAGUCUGGCUGCUGAGCCCGGUUCUGGUGCCUGUUAACAGCAGAUUCAGUUAGCAUUAGUUAAUUAAUAGUCAGCUACUUUAGCAAGUAGUUUGGCUAAAGCUAUCUGUUCAUCAUGAAACCCGUAAAUUUAUUGUGUAUAAAGUCUGAUCCAGUUUCAUCAAAAUCAGUGAAUAAAGUUCUAAAGUUGUGCUUUUGUACAGUAAUCAUAGGCCUGGCUAUAGAUGACUGUAGCAGCCCUCACAGUCACUCUGUCCUGUAUCAAACAGUAAGCACUCCUCUCUGGCGGCCUUUUUGUCACUGUUGGUUCAGAUACUGGAGGAUAGAGCACAGAUGGGACAAAAACACUAAAAAUAUGAAGUCUGACUUUAUGGAGACUUUAACUCUGUAGGUUGUAGCCUCUUCCUGUAGCCUUAAACACUAAAAAACAGCUGCUGAUCAUCACAUUUCCAUUCAAAACAUUCCAGAACAGAAGUUCAUUCACACUACAGCCAGUAAAGCUGCCAUCAGUAACGUCAGAUAGUUUUGGACACGGUAGAAACAACAUGUAGGUCCAUAAGAGAAGAUGGCGUAGACCACAGUUGUGAACUGUGAAUGGGACACAAGACACCUCAGCAAAAUAUUUGCUAUGUGGGCCAGAUAAAGUACUGCUUUACUUAAGGCCAUACUGAGUCAUCUCCAGUUCACAGGACAAUAAUUCAGUGAGACCAUAUAAAUAAACCAAUUUUGUUUAUGAUUGUCAUCGGAUCAGGUUUGUUAACUGUCAUUAGCAUCAGAAGGAAGUAACCAAAGUAAAAGCUUUUUCAGAUAGAUAAUGAUAGAGCUACAUUCAUUCAUUCAGACACAGCUGGAAUCACAUGGUUGUGUCUUAACCACAAGAUUUCGGUGAUGAAUAAAAGCUUUUAUCAAAUACCAAAACUGUAAAGCAGAAACUGUUAGUUUAAAAUCCAAAUUAUAUAUUUUUUAAAAUUGUGUAAACCAAAACCAAAAAUGUGAAGUCAAAGAAAAUCUUAAUAAAUUCAUCUAGACCAGGUUUUAGUUUUCAUUCCUCAUUAAGGCCACUGUAUUUCAAAACUCGACCAAUAUCCAAGACCAGAAUUAUUUUAGUCAAAUAAAGUUAAAUCCCAGUAAGUUUUUCCUGUUCAUUAGAAUGGAAUAAGUAUGUUUCAGCUGUGGCGGUGUGGGCCACAGGUUAUGGACUGUUAAAAAACAACAAGAGUCCCAAACCCAAGUGGAACCACCACUAACCUUAGUCUAACCUUAAACUAUUACUACCUUAAUACCUACCUACUUAAUACCUAAACGGUCUCUUGAAAAACACACCGACAAUCAAUUCAGUUUAUUUGCUGUAGUGGUACGUUCAGUUUUCUUGUGCAAUGAUUGAAGAUUAAAUUAAUUACUUUCAGUAACAAGAUAGCUAGGUGAAGAACAACAUUUUUAAAAGUUUUAGGUUUUAAUUUACUUGUACAGCAUCAAAUCAGAAGUUUUCCCAUGACACUCUACAUAUGGAGCAGGUCUAGUUUGCAUUCUUUAUAUUAUUUACAGAGACCCAACAAUUCUCACCAUGAGCAAGCACUUGCCCACACGUAACAGUGUGUGAAGGAAAAAAGUCCUUGCCAAAUGUCAAGUGGAACAGCACUUGUAGUGGCCGUUUACCAAAGACCCAAGUGCCUAGGCCAAUUAGUCACCCACUGCAAUCACGAAGAGAGAUGAGACUGAUCUUGAAGGUUGAUUUAUUUGAAAAUUGAUAACUUAUAAUGGUGCAAAAAUCUUUACAAACAUCUUAAACUGUUCCACUAGAGGCGGUUCUUAAUGUGAAAAAAAGACGUUGACGAUCAAAAACUUCAGAGAGUCAUUAUAGAACCAAUUAACCCAAUAUUUUCCUGCGUCCAUGCGCACUAAGACUUGCAAGACGGCAUUAACAAAAAAAGCUAUAUGGUUUAAGUGGCUCUUACAAGCCUGUUCCAGAUGUUAUCAGAUACAGUUAUUCAGCACCAAGCUUCUAGCAGCACCAGUUUCAUGAAUGAAUUAUGAAUUUCACUGUGCUACUCUUGGUGUUACAGAACCUUAAGCCUGAACUGUGACACAGUCCUCUGUUCAGAGGAGAACUUACUGGAUCUUCAUGCUUCUUUGGUUGAUUUUUUUGUCGUAUCCACCUUCACUCUGUGAUUUAUUUAAAGAAGUGUUGCAUUCCAUAAACUGCUAACUGUAUGUCUAUGCUAACAGGUGAUGACGUUGACGUUUUUUCAUAUUGAUGUUGUGCUCUGAAUUCUAACUUUAGUGAAGUCUGCAGGUUAUUUUUAAGGUGCCUUACUUGUGAUAUCGGUUUACGUCCGUUAAUGAAAUGACAUUUUUUUCCUGACUAGUCACAUUAGUAAAUAGUGAAGUAAAGGGAGUUCAAUAUGUUCCACUGUUUUCACACAUUCCUUAGUGUAUAACCUGUUAUUUUUAUGAAUAAUAUAUUAUAUAAAAAAAUAUAUAAGGAAAUUGUUUUGUAUGUGCUUAUGUUGUUAUCCAUUUCAGUUGUGUAAACUUGAUACUGACAUUGAAGCCUGUUAUAAGAGUAUUACAAUGUUACACACAAGGGCACUACAUAUAAACUCAUAAUAUAGAGGUACCACUUUAUAGCAACUUAGAUUA